AUGUUGACAACACCAAACCUUUUAGAUUUCGAUUCUCUGUAUAUCUACACAACAACACCAGAACAAUCGUAUUAUCAAUUCCUCAAAGCUUUGGAAUAUUUACCAAAGAAAGAUGUUCAAGACAUAUUUCAAUAUUACGAAAAAUCAAAAAUGACGGAUUGGAAUAAUUUUUUAAAAAGAAAUCGAGAAUAUAUCAAAGCUAAGAAUAAAAUAAAGACCCAAGUUGAAAAUAACAGAUUACAACAACUCGGAUUAACGGAAAAUCUACAGACUCUAUUUCAACCCAUAUUAAAAUCUCAAGAGGAUAUUAAAAAGAAAUUAGCUUUAGAACCCACACCUCAUAUAGAACUCAAACCGAUUGAAUAUAAUGGUGUUAUAAUUAGGACAUUAGAUGAUAUAAAUCGUCUUUUUUCAAACCCUGACCCAGAUUUACCAAAGAGCAUUUCACCAAUCGUUGAUAAUCAAGGUUUAUUGUUUAAUGGAUUUAGAAUUAUAUUUAGUGGAAAUUCACCACAAUUCAAAAUCGACACAAAAGAUUAUAUAUACACAUUAACGAAAGGAUUAAUAGAUUUAAUGAAUGGCAAGGAUGUUGGCAUUGCCGAUUAUAAGGAUUUAGUAGCAUACUCCAAAUUUUUAGAUGCAAUAAGAAAAUCACGACCCGAAACAAGAAGAUUGAAAGAAGUUAAACUAUAUAAAAGAGUAAUUGAGCAAGAUGAAGAGGAUGUAGAUGAUUAUCCAAUCAUACAAGAAAUAGACGAAUUCGAUGAUAUGGUGGCAUCUGGACAAGGUAUAACGUUUUUAUCCGACGACAAUAAAGAAUUGCUUAAUAGAUUAGAAAUAAUAUUAGCGGCCAUGAAGGAAGGUCAUCGAUCGGACAGACAAUACAACGAAGUCAAUGCCAUAUUAAAACGACUUUUGGAGAAAGAAAUCAUCACUAAAAAAGACUAUAUAAACAUCAUUAAAAAUGUCCAAUAA